CGUACGUCCAUCCAUCGGUGCAUCUCGUCAGUAUCUAUCAGCUACCAACACCACCUUAGCUAGAGCUAGGUAAGCUAGCUGUGUAUGAUCUUGUCUUGGAGCCAUAUCGAUCCAUCCAGGAGCUAUAUAUCCUAGCUAGCUAUACCUACAUACACUUCCGUGUCGAUCGCAAAAUUCACCGGGCAUUUCUUUCACCCUGCAUUCAUGUUUCACUUUCUACGGUAGUUGAAGCCUAGCUCGAUCCAGCCUAUAAGUAUCAGAAGAUCUCAGCAGCAUACUAUCAGUACCGAGCAGUGAAGCGACUCUGAGCACCUUGGUAGCUACUGAUCGAUCAUGCCGACCAAGAACAUGAACGGCAAGCUCCCCGAUGAAGCCGAGCUGCUGACGUCCCUCCUCGCCGCCGCACGUCCGUUCCUCCGCGGCGAGCUCGCCAAGGUGGACCCGGAGCUUCCCUCCCUGGUGUCCGUGCUCUGCUCGGCCGGCGCCGGCGAGUGCUACCACAAGCACGGCACAUUCCUGGCCCACCUCGUGGACGUGUACCGCAUCCUCCGGCUGUGGGGCGCUCCCGACGCCGUGGCGCGGUGCGGCCUCUUCCACUCCUCCUACUCUAACUCCUACGUCAACCUGGCCAUCUUCCACCCCGACACGGGCCGCGACCACGUCCGCGCCAUCGUCGGCGCUCCCGCCGAGCGCCUCGUCCACCUCUUCUGCGUCGUCCCGCGCCACGCGCUCAUCCACGACGACCUCCACCUCCACUACACCGACGCCGAACUCAGGGACCACCUCGCCGCCUCGCAGGCGUCCCUCGACGCAGCCAAGCGGCCGGCGAAGGCCAUGGCCGCGUCGGUGGACGCGGAGCCGUGGCGCCGGAAGCUGCGGUCGCUGGUCCCGCCGGAGGGCGUGGUGGUGAAGCACAUCCGGACGGGGGAGCCGGUGGCGCUGUCGCGGAGGGUGGUUGCCGUGUUCAUCCUGAUGACCGUGGCGGACUUCAGCGACCAGUACACGGACUACCAGGACAAGCUGUUCGAGAACGAGGACGGUCGUCUCGAGUUCCGCGGCGACAACUGGGGCGCGCUGUGGCCUGGUACCGGCAAGCCCGGGCUGUGGGUGAGCGCCAUGUCCAGGCUGGCCGCGCUCUACAACCUCAUCGCCAGGGACGAACAGCUCGACAAGCUGCUGCUCGAAUCAGCUGGCAGCAACAAGGAAGGGGAAGGGGAGGGCGACGACAUGGUGGUAGGCGAGCUGGUGAUCCCACCGGUGUUUGAGGGGUGCACCCAGGUGCUGGACCCCGAGGAGCAGAAGGCGGCGAGGGACCUGUACUGGGAGGCCAUAUGCAGCGGCAGCACACAAGGUGGGGUGGAGGCGCUGCUGCGGGAGAGCAUAGGGAAGAACCCGUUCGUGGGGGAGCCGCAGCUGGUGCUGGCACAGGUGCUGCUCAACACGGGGAGGUACGAGGAGGCGGCGGCGGCGGCGGAGCGCGGGGUGCGGCUGCUGCUGGAGUGGGGGAGCAGCUGGGACAAGCGCAUGUCGUGGGAGGGGUGGGUGUCGUGGGGCAGGGUGAUGAGGGACAAGGCCAAGCAGAGGCAGUGGCCGCGCACAGCAUGGGGCGUCAUCAACCUCGGCCUCGUCCAAGGCGUCCACAACUGCAACUCAACUGAAGCUCACCACCCAUCGACUGUCUGAAGCUUACCUAGUUGGCCGUCCCCGGCGAUCUAUACUAUGUAGAUACGGUGUGUGUGUGGUGAUCGAUGAUGCUACUCCUCUAUCCUCUAUCUAGUCUAGUAAUUAAGGAACAAAUAAAUAAAUAAUGGUACUUAAUGUACAGUGUUGUUAAUCAAGGGAUAUGAUGGAUCGUUGUGUUU